AUGGCAUCUCCCACUAAGAGAACAAACUCUAACAUCACCGAUUCUCUACCUUUCUCAGAUGUGAUCGCAUCUCUCAACCCUAGCAUCACCGACCCCACUGAGAGAACAAACCCUAGCAUGAACGAUUUACUGCCGCUCUCAACUCUCACCGAGAGAACAAACCCUAACAUCGCCGAGUCACUGCUCACUCUUCCUUUUGAGCUCCAAGCAGAAAUACUUUCCAUGCUACCCGUGAAACUCCUUCUCCAAUUAAGCUGCGUCUGCAAAUCCUUCAAUUCCAUGAUUUUCAAUCCCUAUUUCGUUAGAAAGCACCUUAACAUAUCAACCACACACUUUGCAUGCUACAAAUAUCUGUUCAAUUUCAAUAUAAAGUGUUACCCACUCCAAUCCAUGUUCACUGAUAUAAUAACCACUAACGUCAUUGAUCUAGUGUUUCCUUUCCACAAUAGUCCUGGAGACAAUUUAUACUCCAUUGCCUGCUCUUGUCACGGAAUUCUUUGCCUUCCUGACCAUUAUCAAUACACAGUUGUUUUGUGUAAUCCUUCCAUCAGAAAAUUCAAAAAGUUACCUCCUUUUCAAAAACCACUGUUCGGUACCAAGAUUCAUGCGAACCAUGGAUUCGGCUACGAUCCUGUUUCCGAUCAUUACAAAGUGGUUGUUCUUUAUCACUGCCAUAGUACUAGUACUGGUAUCCAUGAAGACACAACUACAGUAAAAGUUCUUACUUUGGGUACCCAUUAUUGGAGAAGGAUUCCUACAAUCCCUUUUGAUGCUAUAUUUGAUUAUGGAGCUGGAAAAUGGGUAAGCGCCACGGUUAAUUGGUUGGCUUAUACGAAAAGUUAUCGGAUCGGUCAGACUUUUAUUGUUUCUUUUGAUUUGGCUAAUGAGUCGUUUCAAAAGAUUUUCCUUCCUGACCAAGGAAAAAGAGAUGGAUGUGAGUGUAACAUAACAUUGCUGGUGUGGAGGGAUUGCUUGAGUAUAAUUUUAGAUCAUGAUGUUUGGGUCAUGAAGACAUUUGGAAUUCAAGAGUCUUGGGUUAAAUUGUUCAGUGUUUCUUACUUGCAAAAUCGUGGCAUGUCUUCUAUCUUGACCAAUGCAUCAUAUAUUUGUGAUGGUCAAUUACUGCUGGAGCUUUGGCAGAUACAGAAAGUGAUUGUCUACGAUUCCAAGAAUGAUACUUUUAAGGUUACCAGAUUUACAAGGUUACCAGAAGUCUGCGUUGAGAGUUUGUUAACACCUGACAUCAUUUAG